CCAGUGUGUGUCAGUAGAUCAAUUUAAGUGUAUGAUAGAUGAUAUGGUUGUAGUACAGUGUUCCUGCACUGGUUGAUUUGCAGACGUAUAUUAUUUACUUGUUUUUAUUUGGACUUUAUCUUCAUUUUAUUAUAUAUAUUAUAUCUCCUCCUUUUCUGAAUGUAAGAAGUAUGAAUGUGAACUCAGGGCAUUACUGUAUAAGAGCUUUAUGCUCAGUCAAUUGUCCCUGAAUAAACAAUGGUAGUAUAUUAUAGAGUAAGAAGAUAGUCAGCAAAAACUUAUAAGACUUAUAUAUUUAUAUUAUAUGAAUGUGUGUGUUGGGGGGAAGUGGACGUAGAGUUUGGAAUUGUUUGCGAAAGAAAAUAUGUCGUUUUUCUGGGGGGGGGACAAACAAAUACAAAAAUCCUCCCUCCCAGUAUUUACACACUCUAGGCGUAGUGUGUUAUAUUUCAAAUCGUUUUUAAACACCCACUGAAUGGGGAAACUCUCAGCCAAUCAGUGAAGCGGACGCAUGCACGUGCGCGGCCUCUCAUUGGCUGGUUUGAAAAUUGCCGCAAAUGGGCUGCACGCGACUUAAAUAAUCUCUGUGGCUGUUUGUGUGAGCAGUGCAGCUGGGUUUAGUGAAGAAGCGGAUCGAUUUAGUCUCUCGGGUUUUUACAAUUUAUAUUACGAGUUUUUUAAAAAUAGAAAUUAGAGGUAUACUGAGGAAAGCGGUUACCGAAGAAAUAAGUGACUGUAGAAAACACUACUUGCAGAAGUUGAGCAUGGGUACCAGUGAGAGCAAGAUGGCUGUGGCAUCAACGCCUAAGCCGGAUCCGAUCCAGCAGCUCAAGACUCAACGCUUGGCCCAGCUGGCAGAUCCUCGAUCUCCGUCCUGCGGGAUCGACCGCACACCUAUACAGGUGAAUGGUGCAGCUUCUACAGUCCAACAAGUUCCAGAGUCAGUUGGACCCGUGUAUGUUGAUCCACGGUCGCCUACGGUCGGUAUUGUUCGCACUCCGCUAAAGGACAGUAUGAAAAUAACGGUCAGCUCACUGGCUCGUCGGCUGAGCACGUUCUUCCUUAAUGAUGUGAUGGUUGGUGACACUACCUCCGCUCCUCUCCCCCCUGUGUCCUUUAUUAAACACCACGCCCUGCCCAGUGUAGAGCAGCAGGAUGAGUUGAACUCCAAAGAGCCCCUCCUCCCACCUCAUUCCCACAACUCUCUCAGUGGGCCCACUGACUGCCCGUCUACUCCUGCAGAUUUCAGCUCCUGCAUGGGUUACGGCUCCUUCUCCAGCAGUCCGUUUGUAGUGGUCGGUGAGACUCAGGUGGAGGUCGGGGUGGAAGCAGACACCACUAUUGACGAGGUUGAGGAGGCUGUGCUACUGGGUGAGUCUCCCCUUAAUCGGGAGCUCAGCCUCAGCAUGCUCGGCUGUCGCGAGGGUGUUUACUCGCCAGAUUUCUUCCCCUCGGCAGAGGAGCGUCCUUCCACUCCUGUUCCUCCUUUAGAGGACGGGCAAGAUGUGGAUCACUCCUAUGCACGGCCUGGCCUCACCUGUGAGCCUGUUCAGCCCGCUCCUGUUCCUGUCCAAGAAGCCAUCUUGCCACCAAGGACUGCUGACACGCCACAGUCACCUGAGCAGGAGAGUGUCGCAGAAGAAAUCACUAUACUGCCAGAGCAAGAUCUGAAACAGACCGAGAAGUCAAAUUCUGAACCAGCCGAGAGUGAAGUCCUCCUUCCUGCUAUAAAAGUCCCCAAGUUUGAUACUCGCAGCCCGAGCCAGACUGUUUUUAAGCCCCAGUGGCUGGGUGUGGGAUUUGGAGCGACAGGCGUCCGUGCUAGAGGAGUUCAGAGCCGUGGGAGAGGACCCUCCUCCCCGCUGUCCACCUGCAGACCAGUUACUGAUGAGAACAAGAAUGAGAAUAAGGUUGUGAUCAACAAACAGAAGCAGAGAGGAAAAACUCUUAUUGGUGAAGGUAGAUCCCCUCUGCAGAUCCUCAAGGAAACCAAUUCCCCCAGAAACAACACUUCACAGAUGAAGCUGAAGGUUUCUACUCCAGAGAAGCAGAGGUUUGGCCAAAUGGACAGGAGAGCUCUCAUUCUUUCUCUCAACAAAGAGAACCAGUGAAGGCCAGAAUAAUGGACUGGAUGACAUUUCUCAAAAAAAACACUGUAUAUAGAACCUAGUUUCUCACUCAGAGAGCAGCUGUACAAUAAUUUUAUGAGCUUUACGUGUGUGUGUGCGCCAUUUGUGGCUGUAACUUUACAUUCCUUAUUCUUCUGUCUUGUCAAUGUCUUAAUUUUUCCCCCUCAAAAAUUGUAAAUAAACUCAAUUAUUUUAA